AUGACGACGAAAAUCAACACGUCGCGGUUCUACUUUGAGUACAAAGGCCAUGACAUCGCGGACCUAACCACCUUCUUCAACAUCGUCACCGCGCAUCGCCCCGGCGCGCCGAUCGUGUACCUAGCCGGGGACUCCUCCCUCGACAAUAAGUACUGGCUUCCCACCCCUCCGACCAGCUCCCGUCGCAACAGCGCCGCGCCGGCCGAUCACGACGACGACGCCGUGCCCGAGAUAUACCACCUCGCGCUGCAGACGCCGCGUCCCAAGGCGGACGUGGCCUUUUGGCUGAACCGCCGGCUGGGCUCGCGCGCGACGGCGCUGAACCUCGCCGUCGAGGCGUCGCUGCUGCGCGAGCGCGACGGCGCCGCCCUCCUCCCGCACGACGAGUUCAUCCGCGACCGCAUCACCCCCGAGGACGUGCUGGUGGUCUCGGUCGGCGGCAACGACAUCGCGAUGCGGCCGACGCCGUGGACCGUCCUCCACAUGCUGUGGCUCGCCUGGCUCACGCCGCUGUCCUCGAUCCGCAGCGGGCGCGCCUGGGCCCUCCGCUACUUUGUCCGGCUCUUCAAGACGCGCACGGAGGCGUACAUUGAAAAGAUGGUCGCCAAGACGAAACCCCGCGCCGUGAUUGUGUGCAUGGUUUACUACCCGCUCGAGGCACUACCCGGGAGCGGCAUCAGCUGGGCGGACAAGGCGCUGGCGGCGCUGGGGUACAAUGGUCGGCCCGGCAGGCUGCAGGCCGGCAUCCAGCAGAUGUACGAGCAAGCGACGAGGAGGAUCAAGGUUGCGGGGGUGCGAGUUGAUACGUGUCCGCUGUUUGAGGCCCUGGAUGGGAAGAAUGCCGUAGACUACGAGGAGAGGGUCGAGCCGAGCGUGCAAGGAGGCAGGAAAAUGGCCGGGCUGCUGGGACCCAUCAUCGAUGGGGUCUUGGUGUGUGCUGAAUGA